GCUCUUUAAAAGCCAGCACCUUAUCAAUUCUACCUUUACUAACGUGUUUUUUUUUUCUCUCCACGUCCCUCUUCUCUCACUUUUCUGUCUCAUACUUCUAACGAAACAGUUACAAAGUCAUCCCCAUCAUGUCCGCCCAUCAGCACUUGGUCUCUGACUUUAAGGCCGGCUCCGGCUCGUGGCUGCCGCAGGCGCAGGGCUUCGACACCCUGCAGGUGCACGGCGGCGUGCGUCCCGACCCCGUCACGGGCUCCAUCCUGACCCCCAUCUACCAGGCGACGACCUUUGUGCAGGAGUCCAUUGAGAAGUACCAGGCCAAGGGCUACUCCUACACCCGCUCUGCCAACCCGACCGUCACCGCACUGGAGCAGAAGCUGUGCUCGCUGGAGAACGGCGACUACUGCACUGCCUUCGCGACCGGCAUGGCAGCCACGACGACGGCCAUCUCCACCGUCAUGAGCGCUGGCGACCACGCCAUUGUGACGGACUGCAGCUACGGCGGCACGAACCGCGCCUGCCGCGUCUUCUUCAGCCGUCUCGGCAUGGAGUUCUCCUUCGUCGACAUGCGCGACCCCAAGAACGUCGAGGCGGCCAUCAAGCCCAACACGAAGCUCGUCAUCAGCGAGACGCCCGCCAACCCCACCCUGACCCUCAUCGACAUCCCCGCCGUGUCGGCCAUCUGCAAGGCGAAGGGCCUCGUGCACAUGUGCGACAACACCUUCGCCACGGCCCUCAUCAUGCGCCCCCUCGACCUCGGUGCCGACAUCACGCUCAUCAGCACGACCAAGUACAUCGACGGUCACGACAUGACCGUCGGCGGCGCCCUCGUUACAAAGAGCAAGGAGCUGGACGACCGGCUGCGCCUGACUCAGAACAUCCUCGGCAACUCUAUGAGCCCGCAGGUGGCCUUCCUGCAGCUGCAGACCGUCAAGACGAUGUCACUGCGUGUGGCGAAGCAGAGCCACAACGCCCAGCAGGUCGCCGAGUUCCUCGAGACGCACCCGGCGGUGGACCGCGUCGUCUACCCCGGCCUCAAGUCCCACCCGCAGAAGGAGCUCGCGGACCGCCAGCACCGCAACAACCUGCACGGCGGCAUGCUGUGGUUCGAGGUCAAGGGCGGCACGGAGGCUGGCCGCCGUCUGAUGGACACGGUGCCCCGCCCGUGGUCCCUGUGCGAGAACCUCGGCGCCGCGGAGAGCAUCAUCACCUGCCCCUCCGUCAUGACGCACGCGAACAUGACCAGCGAAGACCGCAUGAAGGUCGGCAUCACCGACGGCUUCGUGCGCAUCAGCUGCGGUAUCGAGGACGGUAAUGACCUCGUCGCGGCCCUCAAGGUUGCCCUGGAUGCCCUCGCGAAGUGA